ACGAUUUUGGUGAAGGAGUUUCCGCUUAUGGUGCAGAUCAAAACCAGAGGGUGUGGUGUUGUGUUGUUGAGGAUUCUCCAAUGGGGUACCCAAUCCCAACAACCUAGUUGCCCCUGGCACGGGCAUUCAUGGAUUACGGCUACAGCCCGCUGUCGGAACCCACCACACCAACCACCCCAAGACCCACCUUGGUCCUCUCCUCUUCCGGCAAGGCUCUCCUCGUUUCCAACUCCAACAAAUCCCUCGCCCUCUCCAAUUCCGCCAAGCGUCUCGACUCCAUCACCAAGAAGAAAUAUGUCAAGCAGGUCACCGGCCGCCACAAUGACACCGAGCUCCACCUCGCCGCCCAGCGAGGCGACGCCUCCUCCGUCAGGCAAAUCCUCUCAGAGAUCGACGCCCAAAUGAUGGGAACCCUCAGUGGCGCCGAGUUUGACGCCGAGGUCUCCGAUAUAAGGUCCGCCAUUUUCAACGAGGUCAACGAGUUGGGUGAAACCGCCCUCUUCACCGCCGCUGAGAAGGGCCACCUUAAUGUCGUCAAGGAACUCCUCCCUUACACCACCAAGGAGGCCCUUUCCCUCAAAAACCGCUCCGGUUUCGAUCCCUUGCAUAUUGCUGCUAACCAAGGUCAUCAAGGCAUUGUGCAGGUGCUGCUAGACCAUGAUCCAGAGCUAAUAAAGACGUUUGCGCAGUCGAAUGCUACUCCUCUUAUAUCUGCGUCUACAAGGGGGCAUGCGGGUGUUGUUGAACUGUUGCUGUCACGUGAUCCUAGUCAAUUGGAGAUAUCUAGAGCUAAUGGGAAGAAUGCACUCCAUUUUGCUGCACGGCAAGGACAUGUUGAUGUUGUGAAGAUAUUGCUAGGGAAGGAUCCGCAACUUGCUCGAAGGACUGAUAAGAAAGGACAGACAGCAUUGCAUAUGGCUGCCAAAGGGGUUAAUUGUGCAGUGGUGAAGCUUCUUCUUGCUGCAGAUGCUGCUACUGUCAUGCUUCCUGACAAGUUUGGAAACACUGCAUUGCAUGUAGCCACCAGGAAGAAGAGGGUAGAGAUAGUGAAUGAGCUGUUACUCAUUCAUGAUACCAAUGUAAACGCCCUGACGAGAGACCACAAAACAGCUCUGGACCUUGCGGAAGGGCUUCCAAUAUCUGAAGAGAUUUUGGAGAUAAAAGAUUCCCUGAUUCGAUAUGGUGCAGUUAAAGCCAAUGAUCUCAACCAGCCAAGGGAUGAGCUGAGGAAAACUAUGACACAGAUUAAGAAAGAUGUUUAUUUUCAGCUCGAACAAACUCGAAAGACAAACAAGAAUGUGAGUGGGAUUGCCAAGGAGCUACGCAAGCUGCACAGAGCUGGAAUCAACAAUGCUACCAACUCAGUAACGGUAGUUGCUGUGCUAUUUGCUACAGUUGCAUUUGCAGCACUUUUCACAGUUCCUGGUGGGGAUGAUGAUAGUGGGAAGGCUUUGAUGGUACACACUACAUCUUUCAAGGCCUUCUUCUUAUCUAAUGCUACUGCGCUCUUUACUUCAUUGGCUGUAGUGGUGGUUCAAAUCACAGUUGUUAGAGGGGAGACAAAGUCUGAGCGAAGGGUUGUGGAGGUGAUCAAUAAGAUGAUGUGGUUAGCUUCUGUCUGCACCUCUAUUUCAUUCAUUGCAGCAUCGUAUAUAGUACUUGGUCGGCACAGCGAGUGGGCUGCAAUCCUUGUUACUGUUGUUGGGGCGCUUAUAAUGGGUAGUGUUCUUGGUACCAUGACAUACUAUGUGGUGAAAUACAAACGUUUACGAAGAGUGAGGAAGAAAGAGAAGAUCUCAAGGACCGGAACAUACUCAUGGCGUAUAUCGGAAUCUGAUACUGAAAUUAAUCCAAUUUAUAUCAUAGGAAUAGGAGCACAGAAACCACCCGUCUCUGAAAUCACAACCUAUGGUGUCUUAUUGAUGAAUUUGAUGAAGAAACAAUUGACAGGUAUAAGGGGUGAUUCUCCCUUACACUCGGCAAUCCGAGCAGGAAAUUUAGAAUUGGUGCUGGAAAUCAUCUCUGAGAAUCCAGAUGAAGAGUUAAAGGAGUUGUUUUCAAAGAAAAACAACUCUGGUGAAACUCCCUUAUAUGUUGCUGCUGAAAAUGGUCAUCUUGAUAUAGUCAAGGAAUUGAUCACGUGCCACGAUAUUGGAUUGGCCAGUUUCAAAGCUAGAAAUGGAUUCGAUGCAUUCCACAUAGCUGCUAAAAAUGGAAACUUGGGGAUAUUGAAGCUCCUCAUGGAGGCCAUUCCUGAAAUUUCAAUGACUGUUGAUCUGUCAAACACUACUGCAUUGCACACUGCUGCCGCACAAGGACAUAUUCAGGUAGUAAAUUUUCUCUUAGAAAAUGGUAACAACCUGGUAACUAUUGCUAAAAGCAAUGGGAAAACUGUGUUGCAUUCUGCUGCAAGAAAUGGCCACGUGGAAGUGGUCAAGGCCCUUCUGAGCAGAGAACCUGAAAUUGCAACGAGAAUUGAUAAGAAGGGGCAGACAGCACUCCAUAUGGCAGUUAAAGGACAAAAUCUUGAGUUAGUGGAUGAACUUGUGAAGUUGAAUCCAUCUUUGGCUAAUAUGGUGGAUGCCAAAGGAAACACUGCGCUGCAUAUAGCAACCCGGAAGGGUCGACUACAGGUAAAAGGGAAAAAAAAAAAAAAAAAACUGCUUUCCUUUUUGCUCUUUCUUGAGAAGUUACUGAACAUUAUUCUUGUGGUAAUCUUGCAGAUUGUCCAGAAGCUACUACAUUGCAAAGAAAUAGACGCAAAUGUUAUUAAUAAAUCUGGAGAAACUGCUCUGGACACUGCAGAGAAAAAUGGUCACUUGGACAUUGCCAGCUUUCUGCAAGUUCAUGGAGCUCAAAGUGCGAAGUCCAUCAAGUCACCUACUACAAACACGGCCCUUGAACUCAAACGAACAGUGAGUGACAUAAAAAGUGGGGUUCAUAACCAACUGGAAAACACAUUUAAAACACAAAGACGUAUGCAAGGCAUAGCAAAGCGAAUAAACAAAAUGCAUGCUGAGGGGCUUAACAAUGCAAUCACCUCCAACACUGUUGUUGCUGUCCUUAUUGCAACAGUUGCUUUUGCUGCCAUAUUCACUGUCCCAGGCCAGUAUCCUCAGAAUCCAGAAGAACUCGCUCCUGGAAUGUCUCCUGGUGAAGCAAAUAUUGCUCCCAAUAUUGGAUUCAUGAUAUUCAUAAUCUUUGAUUCAACUGCCCUCUUCAUAUCAUUGGCUGUUGUGGUUGUCCAAACAUCAGUGAUUGUUAUUGAGAGGAAAGCAAAGAAACAAAUGAUGGCGGUUAUAAAUAAGUUGAUGUGGAUAGCCUGUGUGCUUAUUUCUGUGGCAUUCCUUGCAAUGUCAUACAUAGUUGUUGGGGAUCAGAAAGGGUUGGCUAUAGCAGCCACAGUUAUAGGAACAGUGAUUAUGGCAGCUACUCUUGGAACUCUUUGUUAUUGGGUGAUUGCACACCGCAUUGAGGCCUCCAGAUUGAGAAGUCUUAGAUCAACUAUGAGCAGUAGGCAGUCAUUAUCUAUGUCAAUGAUGUCAGGUUCAGAGAAUGAGUAUAAGACAGUGUACGCAAUAUAAAUUUGAUUCUACCAUUUCUGAGUUACCCCUUUUCCCCACUUUUUGUCUAAUUACACUACCAUUUAUGCUGGCGUUUGCUUCUUAGUUAAAAGCAAACAUUAACCAAUGCUACAAAAACAUGCCUUUGAAGAACACAGGCAAGAAUGUACUGAGAGUCCACUUGAUUAGUAAAUGUGUCUUU